AUGGUGGGCUUUUGUGGAGACGAUAAGCCAGGCCGACCGUCAGGCCUGUCCUCAGGUGACUCCGGCAGGGAACAUCCCGUCAGGAAGAGGCAGAAAACAGUCAGGAUGAAGGAGAAACUGUCUGCUGCAGCCCUGUGUGUGGGAGUGGGGAGUUUUAGUGACCCUCCCGACCUGCCUGGACUGGCUCACUACCUCGAACACAUGGUGUUUAUGGGCAGCGAGAAGUACCCGGAUGAGAACGCGUUCGACGUCUUCAUCAAGAAACACGGCGGCAGCGACAACGCCUCCACCGACUGCGAGAGGACAGUUUUCCAGUUUGAGAUUCAGAGGAAAUUCUUCAGGGAGGCUCUGGACAGAUGGGCUCAGUUUUUCAUCUCCCCUCUGCUGAAAGCCGACAGUCUGGAGAGGGAAGUCAAGGCUGUGGAUAGCGAGUUCCAGAUGAACCUGCCAGUCGACAGCUACAGGAAACAGCAGCUCUUCUCCACCAUGGCCAAGGUCGGACAUCCCAUGGCCAAGUUCAUGUGGGGGAACCUGGCGUCGCUUCAGCAGAAGCCAUCGGAGCAGGGAAUCAACGUUCACCAGCGACUUGGAGAGUUCCGACGGACGUUCUACUCCGCACAGUACAUGACUCUGGCUGUGCAGUCGGCAGAAACCCUGGACACCCUGGAGGAGUGGGUCAGCGAGGUCUUCUCUGCAGUACCAAACAAUGGUUGCCCUGCUCCAAACUUUGAUGACUACAAGGACACCUUUGACACACCCAACUUCUACAAGCUCUACAAAAUGGUUCCAGUGAAGUCUGUGAAUCAGCUGGAGAUCACCUGGUCUCUGCCAUGUCAGAUGAAACACUACAGAGUGAAGCCGCUGCACUACCUGGGCUGGCUGCUGGGGCAUGAGGGCAAGGGAAGUGUCUUCAACCUCCUCAAGAAAAACAUGUGGGCGCUGGGUCUGUACGCAGGAAACAACGAGCUUGGUUUCGAACACAACACGACAAACGCUGUCUUUAACGUCAUCGUGGUUCUCACUGACGAGGGACUCAGAAACGUGAAGGAGGUGAUCACCGUAGUGUUCCAGUACAUCCAAAUGUUACAGAGGCUGGGGCCCUGUCGGAGGGUGUAUCAGGAAAUACAGACUAUCGAGGAUAAGGACUUCAGGUUCAAGGAUGAGACAGAUCCUAUAGACUAUGUGGAGAAUGUGUGUGAGAACAUGCAGCUUUACCCUCCCCAACACUACCUCACCGGGGACAUACUCAUGUUCCAGUAUGAUGAACAGGUCCUUGCAGAAGCGCAGAACCUGUUGACCCCUGACCGGGCUAGCCUCCUUCUGGUGUCCCCACAGUUCACAGCCGACUGCCAGCUCAGGGAACUCUGGUUUGAGACCCCCUACUGUGUCUCAGAUAUUCCAAGUGACUGGAAAGAGGCGUGGAAAGAUCUGCUGGAAAAUCCAGAACUCCAUCUGCCUGCAGAGAACAGGUUCAUAGCCAAAGACUUCUCCCUUAAGGAACACGAUCUUAAAGACUCGAAGUACCCAGUGAAGAUCCUGGACACCCCUUGGAGCAGAUUAUGGUACAGGCCGGACACCAAGUUCCACCAACCCAAAGCUUACGUACAUUUCUACCUCAAGUCCCCACUGAUAGGCAGAACACCACAGAGUGUUGUGUUACUGGACCUGUUCCUGAACAUUCUGGCUCAAAAUCUCACAGCCGUGGCUUAUGAUGCUGAUGUGGCACAACUGGUGUACAAGUUUGUUGCUGAAGACUCCGGGAUGGUCAUCAAAGUUAGUGGCUUUAGCGAGAAACUGCCGUUACUGUUUGAGACAAUAGUAGACUACAUGGCAGACUUCAGUGUGACUGAGGAAAUGUUUGACGCUGUGAAAACCCAACUGAGACGUUCUUACUACAACCACGUCAUCAAACCCAUGCAGCUGGUCAGAGACGUGCGUUUGUCGAUCCUGGAGAAAGUCAAGUGGACGACGCUGGACAAACGGCAGGCCAUGCGCCCCCUGGUGAGGGACGAUAUACUGCAGUUUGUGGGGCAGUUCAGGAGGAGGCUGUAUGUGGAGGGACUGGUGCAGGGCAACUACACACGGCAGGAGGCUCUGCAGUUUGAGGAAUAUCUUGUGCGAAAGCUGUGCUGCAGUCCAGUCCCACAGAACCUGUUACCAGGCCUGAGGGUGAUGCAGAUUCCCAGCGGGGAUCACGUUUGUCGCUUCAAAUCCUUCCACAGGAGCGACGCAAACUCUGUCAUCACUAACUACUACCAGUCUCGGCCAGGAGACAUCCACAGACUGGUGCUUAUGGAGCUGAUGGUGAUGCUAAUGGAGGAGCCGUGUUUUGACUACCUGAGGACCCAGGAGCAGCUCGGCUAUGCAGUUUUCCCCACGUGCCGCGACACGGCCGGAAUUCUGGGCUUCUCUGUCACUGUACAAACCCAGGCUACUAACUUCAGUGUCACAGAGGCCGAUGCCAAGAUGGAGAAAUUUCUUGAGGAGUUUGACAAGAUCUUGAAGAACAUGACAGAAGAGAACUUUUCAGCACAGGUGACCGCCCUGGUGACCUUGAAGCUGUGCGCUGACCUUCACCUCGGGGAGGAGGUCGACAGGAACUGGGAGAAGAUCGUGGAUCAGACGUACCUGUUCGACAGGCUAGAGAGGGAGAUUGCUGCGUUACAUGAGUUCAGCCUUAGUGAGCUGCAGGCCUGGUACAGAGAACACGCCUUCACAGACAGACACAAACUCAGCAUACAGGUUGUGGGGGAGGGGGGCAGUGAGAGCUUGACCAAGGUCAGGCAAGGUCAGACAGAGGACAUGGAGGCUGACGAUGACUGUGACUCAGGAGAUGAAGGCGAAGAUGAAGAAGAUGAUGAGGAAGAUGAUGAUAGUGAGGAUGAGGAGGAAGAAGAGAUGGAGGAAGAUUGUCAGGAGGCUAACGGGAUGGAUGAAGCUGAUCUGCAGCUGGAGAUGCUGCCUGUGGAGGAGGAGGAGGCAGCAGGUACCAACAUCUCUGACAUCCCUGCCUUCAAACGCGGCCUCACGGUCUUCCCUGUCACCCACAUCACCUCAUGA